UUUCUCGCUCGCUCGAUCACUGUCGAAAGCUCCGAGUUUUGGAGCUUCGGUGAGCGGCAAUGGUGAAAGGCGACGAUGCAAUAAGGAGAAAGAAGAACAAAGAGAACCGAAAGAGGAUGCGGAAGGAGUCUUCUGCAGUCUCAGCUCGUGUUGCUGCUAUAAUCGCCGCCAAAAAACGCCGCAAGUCUGGCAAACGUCGAAUCUGCGAGGGGAUGUGCUUUAGCCUUCCUACACCAGAUGAUCCUUUCAAUGAUGGACAUGAGAGCACAAGUUUCAACAGAAAAAAAACCAAGAAAUCUGAUCCUCUCCAGAGAGGUACAGGGGUGUCUCGUUCUGACAAUGGUGCUAUGCCUAAGAAGGAUGUUUCUAGCAGGAAUCCUAGAAAGGUAGAAAAACGAGAAGACCAAAAGGAGAAAGCAGCAAACCAGAAGAAUGAGCAAAUUAAAUUGCUUGCAUCAAAUUCUGUUAAGGGGCAGAGAAUUUCUAUUAGUCUAGGAAAAACAAAAAGCCAGUUGUUUGGAAACAGUGAAGUUUGUGGUCAACAAAGAGGGCCCCAUGGAAAUUCAGAGUCUCCAUCAAAGUUUUUUGUUUUGUGCUUGAAUGCUAUACAGAGUGCGCUUCAACAUGCUAGUGCUUUCAACUGUGAUAUUGGCAGACCUUUGAUAGCCAACAUAUGGGGAGCUGAGUACUGGAAAUGUUAUUCAGUAGGGUUAGAUAUAAUGGAGACAACCGGAGCUUGUUCCAUUGAGCAGAUUGCAUGGAUGGUUUCUACUGCUGCAGAUACCAUUGCAAGAAAGGAGAAAGAAGGUCUAUCCAUUGCGAGCCCUUUCCUCUUAUUCCUUGUACAGUCACAAGAGAAAGCAAUGAAGAUUCGUUCAGUGUGUAAACCUCUCAAAGCUCUUGGAAUACACACAGUGAGCUUACAUCCUGGUGCAUCGUUGGAACACCAAAUUCAUGGGUUAAAGAGUUGUGAGCCUGAGUUCCUUGUAUCCACUCCUGAGAGGCUUUUGGAGCUUGUUUCCUUAAAAGCCAUUGACUUAUCUGGGGUUUCACUAAUGGUUGUUGAUGAAUUGGAAACUUUUGCUAAAGCUGAUUUUCUGGACAAGUUAAAGUCCAUCAGGCAAUGUGUUUCCAGAGAUUCCCAGACAGUUAUUUUCAAUAAUUCAUCUGGACAUAUCUCUACUGCAGUGGUGCAGAACCUUCUGAGGGACCCUAUAUCUAGGUUAUGUUUCAGUGAUUCUCUGGCUAAUCAAAGUGCAUGCAUCACUCAGUGUGUGGAUGUGUCUGUAUCAGAAGAUGAAAAGCUAUCAUGGGGUGUUGAAGUUCUUGAAAAAAUGCCUCGUAGUAAACUGUAUUUCCAGCCACGGAAAGUGCUAUUUGUAGUGGGGACAGAUAAUAAGGCUCAAGUGUGGCUUACUACUCUUAGAGCAAAGGGAUACUCCAUCUCAAAUGAAUCAUCUUCUGAUGGUUCACAAGCAGACAACAGUGAGAAGAGUAUGGUGGUGUCAGUGUCUGUUAAAGAACACGUUGGGAGCAUGGAUAUAGAAGAUUUUGAAGUUGCCAUAAUUGUUGAUUUCUUACCUUCAAUUGAUGGAUACACUGAAAUUCUCACAAGGAUGGCACGCCACUCAGUCAAUGGUGUGCUGCACAGCCUUCUCUGCGAGGAAGAUGCCCCGGUGGUCAAACCAUUGAUUGAGAUACUGGAACAGUGUGGUCAGGCAGUGCCCGAGGCCCUAAGGAAUAUGUAUGAUUCCACACCCAUGCUGGAUCACUGAAGUAAAUAUUAUCAUUGUCCCCCAUUCUUUUUGUGGCUUCCUCUAGUUGAGAAAUCAAUUUUGUCGUACCUUAUUGUUUUAAAGUUCUUCAAAGUUAUUUAAUGAGAGAGAGAACUUCAUGACACUUAUUUUGAGAAUAUCAAGAAAGAAAUGAAUGAAAAUAUUUCUAGACUUUCUGAGA